UGUUUCGUGAUAAUGUUUAGCAAUUCACUAAAUGAAAUAAAAACCAGAACUUGACGAAAACGAAAAAGAGAAAAAUUAGUGCUUUUUUUAGAGUGACCUUUGAUCCAUCUGUUAAUUUUAUUUUGAAUUUAUAUAAUUUAAAUACAUGCGAAACUACUACAAUUGAAAUGCGGAGCAAACAAAUUUCAAAUGAUUGAUUGGAUAAAAAUUCCUUCAUACAAAAUGUUUGUUGUAUUUUGAUACAGAAUAUUUGGUGCUUUUAUGGUGACAACAACGUCAACAAAUAGGCAAACACUAAUACACAGACGCACGGCUAUACAAUAACAACGCACCCAUACACAGACACACAAAAAAGUAUAUAGAAAAUAGACAAAAGUGUGUGUACGUGCACACCAUCAUAGAAAUUGUAAAUAUGACGGAUGAAAAUAGUAUGCCGCCAUCGAUCACGUCCACCACUGGCUUCAUUGGUGAAUGUAAUACAAGCGGUGUGAGUAGCAGUACGGAACAAUUCAUAAUUUGCUGUAAAGUUUGUGGAUCAUUGAAUGGACUAAGACGGUGUUCACGUUGUAAAUCAGUUUAUUAUUGUUCACAAGUACAUCAACAAGUCGAUUGGAGAGUACAUAAAAUCGAGUGUAAAAAAUUUGCCACAAAUUUAGCAUCAAAAUCAAAUUCAACGAUGACAGUAGAAACACAACAAAACCAUGAUAGAUUAUUGGGUAAAAAUGGUGUUACAAAUACGGUAAACGGUGUGCCAUCGACAAAUGCGAAUGGAGUUUUAAAAAAGUCGACAAAUGCCCAACAAAAGGACGAACAAUACAAACGUCUUACGGAGAAUACAAUGCAAGUGAAUGUCAAUCUAAUGGAGAACAGUUUGGCGUCGAGUGAGCUACGCUAUGAUAGCUUGUGCAAGCAGAUAAUUCGUGAUAUGAAUAUGUAUGGAAUGUGUGUGGUUGAUGACUUUCUAGGCAUGAACUAUGGUUUGGGCAUUUUAAAUGAAGUUCAUGGACUAUACGCGGCCGGAGUAUUUCAAAAUGGACAAGUUGCAUCGAACACAGUUGAUGCCGACGUGAAAACAAUACGAGGUGAUAAGAUAACGUGGGUAAAGGGAACUGAACAACAUUGUCAAUCGAUUGGAUUUUUAAUAAAUCAAAUUGACACCGUUGUAAUAUCAGCAAAUCGAAUGAAGGACAAUGGCUUACUGGGUGAAUAUAAGAUACGGGAACGCACUAAGGCAAUGGUCGCUUGUUACCCCCCAACUGGUUCACAUUACAUUUUGCAUGUGGAUAAUCCAAAUCGAGAUGGUCGUGUAAUCACCGCUAUUUAUUAUUUGAAUCUUCAUUGGGAUGCCUUAAGAAGUGGCGGUUCACUCAGAAUAUUUCCCGAGCAUGGCAUGGGAGUGGCGGACAUAGAGCCUAAGUUUGAUCGCAUCAUAUUCUUUUGGUCAGAUCGAAGAAACCCCCAUGAAGUCCAACCCUCCCAUCGCACACGGUACGCAAUAACAGUGUGGUAUUUUGAUGCAGAUGAACGAGAAAUGGCCCUUUCUCAGUACAAAAACUAAAACAAGGCACCAAAAACACACAAACAUACAUUAUCAAAAUAUUAAACACAAUUUUACUUCGACUAGAUCUUAAGCGGAUAAAAAUGUUUAUUUAGUAGUAUUAAAAUAUUGUUGUAUAUAUUGAAUUUUUAUUUAAGAAUUUAUAAUAAUUAUUAUUAUUAUUAGUGCUGAUUCAAUUAACAUGAAUUUUGUUUUGUUGAUUAAAUCACGUGACGCUAAAUACUGAACUGAAACGUAUUUAAAACAAA